AUGGUAUCGAAAGCUUGCUGCGGGUUCUUGACAGAAAGAAAAACUACUGAAAGGAAUGACUCCUUCUCCGAGGGAAAAGAUUCUGAAAUUGUACCUGAAACUGGGUGUCUCUCAAUUAUUGUGCUAGGUGCUUCUGGUGACCUUGCCAAGAAGAAGACUUUUCCGGCACUUUUCAAUCUCUACCGAGAGGGAUUCCUACAAGCAAAUGAAGUUCACAUUUUUGGUUAUGCUCGAACCAAGAUUUCGGAUGAUGAGUUGAGGAGUCGCAUACGUGGAUAUCUCGGCCAUGGAAAGGAAGCUUCAUCAGGGCAAUCAGAAGAUGUAUCAAAGUUUUUGCAAUUGAUCAAAUAUGUUAGUGGUUCGUAUGAUGGUGAGGAGGGUUUUCAGUUAUUGGAUAAGGAAAUUUCUGCGCAUGAAGUCUCAAGAAACACCCAAGAAGGAUCCUCUCGCAGACUUUUUUAUCUUGCACUUCCACCAUCAGUAUAUCCAUCUGUCUGCAGAAUGAUCCGGUUUUAUUGCAUGAAUAAAUCUGAUCUUGGUGGAUGGACUCGGGUCGUUGUUGAGAAGCCUUUCGGCAAGGAUUUGGACUCUGCGGAGAAUCUCAGUGCCCAGCUUGGGGAAUUGUUUGAUGAAAAACAGAUUUACCGUAUUGAUCACUAUCUAGGGAAGGAAUUAGUUCAAAACUUGUUGGUGCUUCGUUUCGCUAAUCGGUUCUUUUUACCCCUUUGGAAUCGCGAUAACAUUGAUAAUGUUCAGAUUGUGUUCAGGGAAGAUUUUGGAACUGAAGGACGUGGUGGAUACUUUGAUGAAUAUGGAAUCAUCCGUGAUAUCAUUCAGAAUCAUCUAUUGCAGGCAAGUCUACUUGAUACUGACUUAAAUCCUGAAAAACCUCCAGUUCUCUGUUUGGUGGCCAUGGAGAAACCUGUUUCUCUUAAACCUGAGCACAUCCGGGAUGAGAAAGUGAAGGUUCUUCAAUCAGUCCUACCCAUUGCAGAUGAAGAAGUUGUUCUUGGACAGUAUGAGGGCUACACAGAUGACUCAACAGUUUCAGAUCACUCAAACACCCCAACUUUCGCAACUAUGAUUCUGCGUAUACACAAUGAGAGAUGGGAAGGUGUCCCUUUUAUACUGAAGGCUGGAAAAGCUUUAAAUUCAAGGAAGGCCGAAAUCCGUGUCCAAUUUAAGGAUGUCCCUGGUGACAUAUUCAAAUGUAAAAAGCAGGGAAGAAAUGAAUUUGUUAUACGUCUGCAGCCUUCAGAGGCUAUGUACAUGAAGCUAACAGUUAAGAAACCUGGACUAGAUAUGUCGACCAUACAAAGCGAACUAGACUUGUCAUAUGGGCAACGAUACCAAGGAGUUACAAUUCCAGAGGCUUAUGAACGAUUAAUUCUGGACACAAUACGAGGGGAUCAGCAACAUUUUGUCCGCAGGGAUGAGUUAAAGGCGGCUUGGGAGAUUUUCACUCCUUUGUUGCACAAGAUAGAUGAUGGGGAAGUGAAGCCACUUCCAUACAAACCAGGCAGCCGAGGUCCACGGGAGGCAGAUGAGCUGCUAGAAAAAGCUGGUUACGUGCAAACACAUGGCUAUAUAUGGAUCCCACCUACUCUAUAA